AUGGCUGGAAGGAAUGAUGCUGCGAUUGUUGCUACUUUGGAAGGAAUGGCUCAAGCUUUAGAACAUCAGCCGAAUGUUGGUGAGAAUUCUGCGUCUCACAAUUUGGCUACCUUUCAGAGGGAGAAUCCACCUGUUUUCAAGGGAACUCAUGAUCCUGAUGGCACAUUGACAUGGCUAAAGGAGAUUGAGAGAAUCUUCCGUGUGAUGGAUUGUACUCCAGAUAAUAAGGUUUGGGAGUUCUUGAGGAAUUACUUUCUUGAGGAUGUCCGUGGCAAGAAGGAAAUCGAAUUCCUUGAGUUGAACCAAGGGAAUAAGUUGGUUGUUGAGUAUGCUGCUAAGUUUGGUGAGUUGGCUAAGUUUUACCAACAUUAUGAUGGACCAAGUGGUGAAUUUUAUAAGUGCAUCAAUUAUCGGAUUUAUGAAGAGGACAAUAAUGCUCAUUAUCGGGUUAUUAGUGAAAAGCGAGGCAAGAGUCAACAAGGCCGUGGCAAGCCUUAUGAUGCUCUAGUUGGCAAGGGUAAGCAGAAAGCUAAUGAGGGCAAGAGGACUAGCGGGGGAGAUGCUCCUGCUGGUGUUGUAUUGGAUCUUGUGUUAUCUGCUAUGAACAGAGAGAUGGUUGUCGAUACUCCGGCUAAGGGAUCGAAAGAAUUGAAUAUGAGGCAAUUAAGGUGGUUAGAGUUGUUGAAAGACUAUGAUUUCGAUUUGAAUUAUCAUCCAGGAAAAGCUAAUGUUGUGGCUGAUGCUUUGAGUCGAAAGACGUUGCAUAUGUCGGCUAGGAUGGUUAAGGAAUUGGAAUUGAUUGAGAAAUUCAGAGAUAUGAGUUUGAGAAUGGCUGGAAGGAAUGAUGCUGCUAUUUCUGAAGCAUUGGAAGCUUUGGCUCAGGCUGUGCAGCAUCAGCCUAAUGCUGGCGGGAACGAUGUAUCUCGCGCAUUGGAAACUUUCCAGAGGAAUCACCCACCUGCGUUCCGAGGAAAGCAUGACCGUGAAGGAGCACAUGAGUGGCUCAAGGAAGUUGAGAGGAUCUUCAGAGUUAUGGACUGUUCGGACGCGCAGAAGGUGCGUUUUGGUACUCACAUGUUGGAAGGUGAGGCUGAUGACUGGUGGGUUGCUACUUGCCAAAGACUGGAAGGAGUAGGUACGGCGCUUACUUGGCAUGUGGUUCGCAGAGAAUUCCUGGUGAAGUAG